CUGGUUAGUGUUCUACUUGCGACGUCAUAAUGAGUCUUACGUCGGCGAAGGUGUUCGCGAGUUGUUUCGCACUCUGAGAGACGAUUUGCGUGCAAACAACCGCGAAGCGUCGCGACGGCUUUUCUGUUUCGAACCAUUCACAUUUUCACGUAAAUUGUAGUGCAGUGAAGUGCAACAUUUGGGAUUAUAUACACAAUAAAUCUGGAGUUACCUACUCUAUGAUUAUCAAGAAAUGGUGUCGCGUAGAAAGAUUCUAUCACGAUCCCGAGAUGAUCUUCACAUGGAUUCCAAUUUCCAACAACCCGAAGACGAGGAAGACGUUUGGUACCAAAAGGACAAACUUUACAAGGAUCACAUCCAGGAAGUAUUAGAUAAAUGGACGCAAAUUGAUGACGAAAUAUGGGCGAAAGUGAUCGUUUUGGAACGAAAUAGAAGAGUCGCAAAGGCGUACGCGCGAGCUCCAGUUUUGACGGUAAAUGGAUCUGAUGAUGGAUUCGACGGAUUUCGAAUUGGAUUGUGCGGUUUCGAGAAUCCUAUGCGAGAUCAAAAAACCGAAGAGUUCAAGAGGCAUAUAGGACACGGCGUUAAAAUAAAAAUGGACGAUGCGGGAAAUAUUCUCAUUAAGCGGCUAUCAAAAUGUAAUGUCUACGUAAAAAAUACGGGGCAAGACGACGAAAAUGCUAUAGGGAAUGAAGUUCUAAAGUUACAAGGCUGUGCGCUUGAACCAGAAAAGCCGUUCAAGUUAUUUGAUAUGAAGAAAUUUCAAUCUAAUGUAAAUCGGGAGCUGCGGAGGGCGUAUCCUGAUAGGCGAAGAUUGGAGUGUCAGUGUCUUAGUGCGAUCGCUUUUGUCAAAUCGGAGCCAGAACUUCUAGAAUGUCCCAUAUGGGUUCUUAUUAUAAAUGUUGUAGCUAUGGAUAUGUUAAAAUCCAAAUUACCACCAGUUCAAAGAGUGGUCGAUAUCAAAAAUAGGCCCAGAAUUCCAAUUCCCGACGAAGAUCCAUACAGUGUCGCUGGAAAUGGCAGCGGUUCGUCAGGUAGUUCAGGAUUUGCGGGCACGAUGGGGGUGGCAGCCACGCGAGAGCAGCUCCUUUUACAAAGCCAACAUCACGCUCAACGUCGCAGUGAAAAACCUCCCAAAUUACCGCCCAGAGAAAAUUUAUACCCGCACAACAUUCCAAAGCCUGACUAUGACGACGCGGAAGAUGAAAGCAGAUUAAAACCAUUUACCUUCUCCAGAGGGAAAGAGAAGUCAAAAAAUAAUAACAAAAAAUAUGAUGACCCAUACUAUUGUGGACUACGUGCUCGUGUUCCGAACUUUGUUUCAAAAUCUAAGGGCAAAGAAGCCGUUACGUCCAAACGAUUUUCCGUGAGUCAACAGCAGCAGCAGCAGCCUCCGCCUUUACCGCCUACACAUCAACACCUUAUCCACCCACACCACAUGCACAAUAAUCAGCCUAUGUGGCACGCUAGAAGUUUUGAAAGUGGUAUAGAUGUAGAACAGACGGAGUCUCCCUAUAACCAGAUAUAUGGUCGUCUUCGCAUUCCCACCAGGGGAUACAUUCCUAGUCAGCCCCGAACAAUGUAUAUAGGAGAAUGGGACUAAUCGAUUCAUAUAUAGUUGAAUGUUCAUGGAGUUGUCUCCAUGUACCUACGUGUAGUGUAGUGUGUGUGCAUCACAACUGUACAUAUAAACUUUGUAGACGAAAACCAAAAAGACUAAAACGACUCCACUUUGCGUGAUGCCUUUACAAUCACGUUUUGGUAUACAUACAUUACAUAAAAUACGUAUAUAUCUUGUGUAAAAUAUGCUGAUUUGUACGCGUGGAAAUAUUUUUCAUAAUUUAUAUUUAAACAAUAUAUGGUGAUGGAGCCCUGUUACAAUA